UGACUUUCAUCGCUUCCUGCAGUUUGCCAGAGUGUGUGAGGUUGAUGGAAGGAAAACUAUCUGCACCAGAGACAUAGAGGAGGACAAUAUGUACGACUUGUUCUACAUAAGACACCGUCUCCACAAAAGAGCCUAUCAGCACAGAGUAAACAAAGUCAUUGAACAUAUGAUUGCAGAGGCUUUUUUGAAAGCAGACGGUCACAUUGAGAUUGAAGGAUCAGGAGGGAGGAUGUUCACUCUCUCUACAGCCAAUGAGGACAUGGAGGCCUACACAAAGCUCACAG